UUGGGUCCCACGGACUUGAUCCAUUGUAGGAGAGAAUUGUCUUCCUACGUUGAUGUUCAUUGCUUUCUCACGUCAAUGCCGUCAAGAUUGGAACUUGCUUGUUUGUUAGCUGGAAAGAUGCCAGAUAUGGAAUCGAGGAUAUGAAUAUGAAUAACAAAAAAUCAGGAUGGAUAGUAACAUGUAUUUCAUCAUCAGCUCGAAUCUAGAAUCGAGGCUUUGAAGUGGUUCCACGUUUGUCCAGUCACUUUCCACCUUCAGGCACAAGUGCGAUGCCUCAGAUUUUGAUGCCUCAGAUUUUGACGAGUGCAUCCCAAUCAGGCGAUCUCAGGUGGAGAAAUGCAUCGCAAUCACGGCGUCUGGCGGGUUCAUAAACUGUCCUGCCCUGGCUCCAAUUCUUCAAUUUCUGAGAAAGAUAGAUUCAUGAGAAGAAAGGCCAAGAUUCGGUUUCUUUGUGGUUCCGAGUGUGAUCUGACGGAAACAUGACGGAAACGAAGGUCAUUUUCCAAAUGAUAAAUACGGGGAACGUGCUUCACGAAUCGCCCACGGUGACCUUCUGAGGGAGAAUGGGAGCAAGGGUCAACAAUUAAUAGUUAUUAACUCUGACCUUCAAGCUCGUCCCACUUCUCACCGUUGCUUUCCUCAUCCCUCCACGGUUCCGAGCGAGCAUUUGAGGUUGACCAACUUCGUCAUCCUUGCAGCAGGGCUACGACCCGUCUUUUCAAAUUUCUGCUUUUUGGCAGAAAGGACAGGGAGAAUUUUUUCCUCUGUGAGUGUUCCUGUUCCAGUGAAUCCACCGUGCAAGGGCCAAGUCUCACCUUCAUGUCUUUAAAAGCACUUUUAUUUAUAUUAUAUUACAUUAUUAAUAAUUUUCGUGCCUGGAGCUUUCCACUUCAUCAAUACGGAUCUAUUACAUGCUUUGGCGCUCUCCGGCACCCCAUAAGUGACCCAUUCUCCGAGUCCACGAUUGUCAGGUUCAGUGCGCUAGUCCAGCACGAGGAUUCAAUCAUUACCUUCUAAAAUAGUUCUGAACUCUUGUUCAGCAAAGAGAAUGGGAAGAAGAUAUUACCUUCCGGACCGUAGAUUAAUCCGCUCCACAGGAUCACAAUACAAACCGUAUGUGGUCAAAUUUUUGUCAACUCUAACGAGGGAGAAUCUCCAUGCCUCACGGUACGGUUGUCUCUUCUUCUUUAUCGAGUGCUGAAGAUUCCAGUUUCCCCGAAAGUGACUCUCACCAGUGAAUUGCACACAUGUCUUACAAUCUGUGUAACACAUGAGUUCUACAAUCUCUAGUGAAAGAAACUUUUGCAUUCCG